CUAUAUAUAUAUACAUAUAUAUAUAUAUAUAUAUCUCUCUAAUGCAAUAUAUGAUUCACUGAGAGAGAGGGUUGCUCACGCUUACGUUUAUAUAGGAAAAUUUCAAUAAAUUGUAUAGACAUUUUUUUAUAUAUGCAAGUAUACUUCUGAGUAUUACAGUAUUUGUAUAAAGUCUGCCCCCGUCCUUUAGACAGAAAUUUUCAGGGGAAGAAGAACAAUGCUAUGGUCCUUGCACCAAGCGAACUCAGAUGUCUCUGGUGACUAAUAUUUACAAUGUGCACUGUUUUCUUUAUCCAAUGAACAUAUUCGAGGGAUGCCACGUUCCUUGAUCACUGUGAUUUGUUGGGGGUUUCUAUGUCCUCUUGUGAUCACAUAGUUUCCAAUGAGUGUGGCGUUCCUCGAAAAGUGACCUAAUUGGCCAUUCUAGAUUCCCUGUGUUUCUACUGGGGACAUUCUGAAUACAAGUGCUGUAUGCGUUUUUACAAUUGAUCUCGUUCAAGUAUAAAAUUGCGCUUUAUCAUACGCUUUAAACUCAUGCAUAUCUAACAAUACCAUUGAGAAAAUUUAACUCUUUCCAUGAAAAGAAUCUGUGUGCAAUUGUUUCUAAGUUGUCAAUAAAAAGGGUUGAAAUGCUCGAUUUUGUCUCGAAAAGAGAAAUACCAAAAUGUGCGAAUGGAUUGGUCAAAGGUCGAAGGGGCACACAGUAAGAAACGUGUUGUCAUACUCCGUGAAACGAAGGAUAAAACUUUUCGCUGUCCGAUAGAAUUUUGCGAGAAUCGUACAUUUUUCAGCAAAAGAGGUUGCCGAAAACACAUAGACACCAAGCACAGAUGGUAUUAUUUUUUCGAUGUGAAGCCGAGUGAUAAAGUUAUUGAAAGGUCGGCUGAACAGAGUACCCAAAGAAGUCACAAACACAUCGAAAGUGCCAGAAGACGUGCAGAUACAACUAAAAGGCCACAUUUCUCAAUUUCUGAAGGGGUUGGAAAGCAGUAUGUCGAUUGGCUUUGUGCUGUUUGUGGCGGGGGACUGUCAGCAGCACAGGCAACACAAAAUGCUACACGCGUAAUGAAAUUCUUGAAAUUUUGCAGCGAAGAUGACGAAGACAAUCUCACAGAACAGCAUGUAGACUACAGCAUAGGAUCCGCAGGACUUAUAUGCAGUUUUAUCGAGCAUAUCGGAAAAGAAUGGGGCCUAGGCAGCUCAGCUCAAUUUGGGUAUUUACAAGCAAUCACAGAUUUGAUCGACUUUCGUAAAUCCAGUGGAUUAUCGGCAACAGUGCUUGGCAAUUUGGCGGUUUCUGAAGUUUACAUAAACCGAGGGAAAAAAGCACUGGCUAAAAGGAAAAUCAGCGAAUGGUCAAAAAACCUGUCGAUCGAAGUCCUUUCUGGCUGUAAUCAGUGGGCGACGAUGGAAGAAAUGGAGAGAGUUAUACCGUACCAUCUUCCACGCUACAAAGAUGUGUUGACAAAUUGUAAAGGCUAUCCUUUGACUGCCGUUACACCUGCGGACCUUACAUUUGCCACUCGAUUUGUAGCUGUGUAUAUGUUUACAAGAGUGAAAGGAUCACGCCCAAUGACGUAUCAAUUUCUAACAGUAUCAAUGUUUGAAAAGUCGAGGGAGAAUAAUGGGUUUGUGGACCAGACUGAGUUUAAAACUGCACAACAGUACACCUUUGAUUCAUUGAUACUUGAUGAGACGAGCACACGACUCCUUGACGACUAUAUUUGCCAUGUUAGGCCUCUGUUGAACCCUCAGUGCGAAUAUGUACUAGUCACAAGAAAUGGAACACAGUUUAAACAGUUAAGUAACCUGAUGUCAGAACUCGUUUUUCAGGCAAUCGGGAAAUACGUUCAUCCGACCAGAUAUCGUCAGAUUGUUGAGACGGAGAGCUCGCGUAAACUUUCUGCUGAAGAGCAAGAAGUCGUGAGCCGAGACCAAAAACACAGUUCUCAAGUUGCGAAAACUUACUAUCAAAAGCGCAAUUCACGCGAAAUUGCAGUAAAUGCCAAAUCGGCGAUGAAAAAGUUGCAGAACAAAGAAGUUGAUAGAAGUUUAAAAAGAAUCAUUCUAGACAACAAAGAUUCGUCUGAUCAAGACUGCUGCUUGGAAGAAACCGAACAGCACCAGCAAAUAACGCCAGGAAGAAAUCGGAAAGAAACAAUUUGCGUCAAUCUCGACGAAGCGGGUAACGAAUCGUGUAGAGCUUACUCGCCCCCAGAUUGCAAUGCUGACAGGUUGAAAGCAAAGCCAGUCGUCAGUAGAAGGGUGCUAUUUACUCCAGAGGAAGACUUUUUUCUAAAAAAAAGUUUGAAAGUUUAUGGAUUUGGAAAGUGGACGGCUAUGCUUAAGGAUCCUAGAUUUAAUUUCAAUAGCAAACGGACCCCUGAUUCUCUAAAAAAAAGAGCAGAACUGCUUGCUAAAAAGUGACUUAAAUAAUGACCUUGUCAGUAUUGUAAUAACCUUUCUGUUUCUUGUGUUAAAGAUUGGUUGGAAAUAAAGAAAAAAAUUGGUUGGAAAUAAUUUUUUUCUUAAUUGAAUUAUUGUUGUUAUAUUUAAUUAAAUUAUUGUUAUAUAUGUUAUAUUUUUCUUAUAUCUAACUUAACUAAAUUGUUAUAUUUAAUUAUCAAAAAGUAUCUGUUUUACACCAAAAUGAGAUUGACCUUGUUUAAUUUCGUCAAAAGACACUUAAGUUUUCUCGCAAAAGCUGAGCAAAUAGGAGCACCGAUGAUUUACAAUGAGUUGCAGGGAGUAGGAGUGAGCCAAAGCUGAGCAAAGAAAGAGGCUGGUCUCUGUUUCGUCACAUUACAUCACUUUGGCUCACUCUAGCUCAUCCCAACUCAUUUGAACUCAUCUUAGUUACUUGUCGCUCCCUGGUUUGGCGAGAAACUAAAGUUUUGAUAGAAUUUAUUUGGUGUUGGUGAUUUUUUCAGAUUACGUUGGAUCCCAGCCUGUGGUUGCUGCUGCUACCAUUGACUUUUCUUAAACUUUUGAUAAACAUCAUGAUAAUGAUUUUUAGAUGACUUCAAAGUGUUAUGACGUAAUAAAAGCUUUAGUUUUCUCGCAAGGGCUGAGCAACUAGGAGCAUCGAUGAUUUACAUUGAGUUGCAGGGAGUAGGAGUGAGCCAAAACUGAGCAAAGAAAGAGGCUGGUCUCUGUUUCGUCACAUUACAUCACUUUGGCUCACUCUAGCUCAUCCCAACUCAUUUGAACUCUUCUUAGUUACUUGUCGCUCCCUGGUUUGGCGAGAAACUAAAGUUUUGAUAGAAUUUAUUUGGUGUUGGUGAUUUUUUCAGAUUACGUUGGAUCCCAGCCUGUGGUUGCUGCUGCUACCAUUGACUUUUCUUAAACUUUUGAUAAACAUCAUGAUAAUGAUUUUUAGAUGACUUCAAAGUGUUAUGACGUAAUAAAAGCUUUAAUUUUCUCGCAAGGGCUGAGCAACUAGGAGCACCGAUGAUUUACAAUGAGUUGCAGGGAGUAGGAGUGAGCCAAAGCAGAGCAAAGAAAGAGGCUGGUCUCUGUUUCGUCACAUUACAUCACUUUGGCUCACUCUAGCUCAUCCCAACUCAUUUGAACUCAUCUUAGUUACUUGUCGCUCCUUGGUUUGGCGAAAAAGUAAAAUCUUUAUGUGUAGCCAAAAGUAUUUUUUGAUAAUAUUUUAAUAAAAGUCUUUAGUUCAUAUUGAUUUUUAUUUUUGUA